AUGCCCGCACAGCGGCCGCGUGCGGCCUUCGAGCCGAUCGCGCCCGACUUCGACAUCAACGGCCUUAUAGAAUCCACGCCCAACUUCUCCUUUGUCGAUCGCAUCUCGGUCGACCAGAUCGGUGAGCAAGGUGUCGCCGCCUUCGAGAAGCUCGUCCUCCUCCAUGUCAUCAUCGGCGGCAAGCCUNNCGUCGUCGACGGCCUUGAGAACCGCCUGGACCCGUGGACCUUUUCUUCCAAAUGGCUGAAUGACAAUGUCGGCUCCAAGAGUGAGUCUGCCCAUACUCGUCUCUACCCUUUCCUCACUGACAUGUAUUCUNNAGUCGAGAGCUCGAAGAACCUGUCGACCAAGGAGUCCCUUCCNCUCACCAUCGGCCAUUAUCUGAGAAACAUGAAUAAGCUGAGCAAUCAGUUCUUCGAAAACACGCGCAACUACAAGGACAAGAGCCGCCAAAGGAUCUAUCUGAAAGACAUCGACUGCCCCCAAGUCUGGCAUGACAAACUCCAAGACCACAUCCCGCCCUUCCUCUUCUACCUCAAUGAGAGUACNGGAGACAUCGGCGGCCCUGGUGCCAACCCUUACNNCCUUGGCCCUGGCAGGCGUCCUGCCCGUGGAAUCGCUCGUGCUGGUGAUCUGAUGAGUUCGCUUCCUCCCGAAAUGCGCGCCGAGAACCUCAUGUGCUACAUCGGCCACGAGGGCACUUACACCCCGUCACACCGAGAAAUGUGCGCCACCAUGGGUCACAACAUCAUGGUCGAAGCUUCCAAGGAUGUUGGUGAGGAUGGCAAGCCCGAAAGACCCGGUUCUUCCAUCUGGUUCAUGACCGAGUCCAAGGACCGCAACACCGUCUCCGAGUACUGGCUCUCAACUCUGGGCCAUGAUAUUGAAGUCGAGAAUCAUUUUGCUCAAGUCUCGGCUUGGAAAAGAGCUCCUUUCAACGUCUAUGUCGUCGAACAACGUCCCGGCGACUUUAUCCUGAUCCCUCCCCUAGCUCCCCACCAAGUAUGGAACAGAGGAACACGAACCAUGAAAGUUGCUUGGAACAGGACCACACUUGAGACUCUGGAAAUGGCCAUAGAAGAGGCUCUACCAAAAGCAAAGAUUGUCUGCCGAGACGAACAGUACAAAACCAAGGCCAUCAUCUAUUACACGCUGAUGCUAUAUUCUAACAGACUCGCAUUGGCGAGAUCGCAGUCCGACAAGCUUCCCGCCGACGCCGCUCGUCAGCUGAUGGGCAGUCCCAAGAUCAAGCAACUGGUCAAAGACUUCAGGCGCCUUCUCGGCUUGUUCCUGGGUGUCCUUGUUUCCGAGAUGUUCAAUCCUGAUGGUCCUCAGGAAAAGUGCGAAUUCUUGCCUUUCGACAGCAACGUCACAUGCGCCUACUGCCGAUGCAACAUUUUCAAUCGCUUCUUGACGUGCUCAAACUGCAAGGAUGCACUCGGCCAUGAAGAAGAAGAGCCCUACGAUGUGUGCUUAGAUUGCUACGCCAUGGGCAGAUCGUGCGGCUGCAUUUCCAACCUCAAGUUUACAGAACAAUUCAAGUGGAGAGAGUUGAGCGGUAAAUACGACUCUUGGCGUAAGCAAGUCAUCGACCUGGACGGUGGCAAUGCAGCAAAAGCCCCUCCACCACUGGUCGAAGCUCGAAGGAACCUUCCUCACAAGACGCUGGCCGAAGUCUGCAGAGAGCAGCUCAAGCGCCGCCCUUUCACUGACAUUGCCAAGCCGAAGCAAGACGACGAGCAGAGUGAAGAGGACAUCAUCGUCGACGACGAAGGCCGCGUCAAGAAGACAGUGAAGAAGAAGCCCAAGGCUUGGUAUAAGACUCACAGUCCCUGCCACGUCUGUUGUAAGAGACACCCAAAUUGGAAGUCUGCAAAGUGUACUACCUGCGACAAGUGGUGGUGCUAUGGGUCUCUAUUCAGAGGAGCCGAUAUGAUGCCACUCACAGUCAUGCAGGACGCUGACUGGUCGUGCCCACAUUGCCAGGACGCAUGUUUUGCAGGAGCCUGUCGGAAGGAUCCCAAGCAGCACCCUUAUGAGCCUAAAGGCACUCUCCUGGGCCAUGAUACCAAGAGAAUUGCCGAUGCCAGAAGUGUGGAGUGUCUUGUAGACUUUUCCGUCUCUAACCUGACUUGGUUAAGAGACGAUGACGAGGAUGUGCAAGAAAGUGUCCGCAUCAGAAGAGCUCGUGAAGAGGCCAAGAGAGCGAAAGAGGCGGACCCUCUGAUGGACGACGACGAUGAUGAAGAGGGGCCCGACGUUGAGCAGAGUCACGUCCGGUUCGAUUACUCACCCGAUGACUCUAUGAUUGAUCCUCAACUUGUGGGUACUAUUCCUCAGACCACUCGAGCGAAAGGAAAGGCUGCAGCAUCCCUCCUGCCACCGCCAGAAGCAACGCUCAAAGGUGUCAAACCCUCUUCAUUGCUGGGCAAUGGCCACAAGUCAGUAACGGACGCACCUGAAGGGUAUGCCCCUGCUACGACCAGUGGGUUUGUCGCUCCGAGGGCUCGGAUGUAUCCAGAUAUUGAAGACACCAGCUACACCUACCCCGACCCUCUCGGUGAUGACGAUGAAGAUGACGGGUACCAGCCAAUUUCCUCAUUGGUCUCGGGCUCCGCACGCCGUAACAAGCGCAACCACGAGGCCUACGAAGACGAUGAUGAUGAAAUUUACAUGGAGGGUACUCGAACCAAGAGACGCAGAAUCUCGGAAGAUCCUGCUUCCGUGCUCUACAAGUCUAGGAACGAAGCAACAAAGCAAUUCGAAAAGGAGAAGGAACGCAAAGCUCUCGAUGAGGCUAAGAAGGCAGGACGAUUCAUCGCAGCACAAGUUGCUUUGAGGNNGGGAAAGAAGCGCGCCAUCCGGCUUCGCAUAUCUGGACCACGUCUUGCGCAACUGCUCGCACAACAAGCCGCCAAGUCCUUCCAACCUGUCUCUGAGACCCCAGAAGUCGACCAAGAAGUGCCACACGAGAACGUGCUUGUAAGGUCGGAUAUCGCUCUCAAGGAAAAGGCUGACUAUGAAGAAGUCGAUGUUGAAUCUGACUUCAACUCUGGAGAGGAUGAUAGAGAUGGCGCAUACAAUGGUCGUCAACGUGAGAACGGAAAGCGCAGGGUAUCGUCUUACAUCCAGAAGAAGCACAUUGAUGAUCCGGAUCUUCCUGACGAGUUGCCCGAGAACUACAAAGAUUCGAGGAGGAGGAUGGAGGGAAGGAUGGCCAACAGACCUGGACCUGCAGCCCGUGCGCGCGCAGCAGCAUCCGCACAUCCAAAGGCGAUGCCUCAGCUAGAUGGCGCUGCCGAUCAUGACGACGACAAUGCUUCUGAUUUCGACGAUGAGCAAGCAACCACCUUUGAGGAAGAGAACAGACUUGCGAAGCUGGAAGCACUAAGAAUGGUCGAGGAGGAAGCAGCUCGUGCGCCUCCACCGAUGCACCGUUCCAUAUUCGACAAAGGCAACGGGAAGAAGAUUCGUAUCGUCUCGAAAUCCAAGGACACAUCAUCGAGGAAGAAUUGA